AUUUGAUUCGAUUUCCUCGACCGAUUAACCGUCGGCACUGUGGUUCCUGGAGCGGCGGAGGACUCCGAGGGGACGGCGAUGGUUGUUGCGGUCUGCGCUUCUCUCUCCUCGAGCUCAUCGGCGGCAUUCCUCCGCUCUUCGAGGCCGAGGCACUCUCCUCUCCCCGCCUUCCUUUGCUCCUUUCGCAGCCCCGACUCCACCCACCGCAACGGUGAACUUAAAAGUCUGGAAACUUAUGUCCAAAAUCCAACUAGCAGUGUAUCCAUAAACCAACUUGAAAGUCAAUUUCCAACAACUGGAGGCGCAUAUGAUUUUAAGGGAGCUACAAUAUCAAUAUCUGAUGAGAUCUUGUCUUCUCCAAAAAUGGUGACUCUAGUAAGACAUGGUUUGAGCUCUUGGAAUGAAGAAAAUCGAGUUCAGGGUAGCUCAAACUUGUCCAUACUGACAGAGGUUGGAGCCAGGCAAGCAGAGAAAUGCCGUAGUUCUUUAACCAACAUAAGCUUUGACAUUUGUUUUUCUAGUCCUAUAUCACGUGCAAAGUCUACUGCUGAACUUAUCUGGCAUGGAAGGGAGAAACCAUUGAUUUUCCUUGAUUCAUUAAAAGAAGCACAUCUAUUUUUUCUUGAGGGAAUGACAAAUGCGGAUGCUAAAAAGAAGUACCCAGAAUUAUAUACUGCUUGGAGAGAAGAUCCUUUCAAUUUUAAUGUUGAUGGAAUUUAUCCUGUUCGAAAAUUGUGGGGCACGGCCAAACAGGCCUGGAAGGAUAUUUUGUCCACACCAGGAGAGAGCAUUCUUGUUAUCACCCAUAAAUCAAUUUUGCGAGCCCUAAUUUGCACAGCUCUUGGACUUGGUCCAGAGAGGUUUUGUGCCAUUGAUGUGAAUAAUGGUGGGAUUUCGGUCUUCACUUUCAAUAGACGAGGAGAAGCUAUGCUUCAAAGUUUGAAUAUGACGGUCCAUAUGUAUAGCAGUCACAUGUAUCAGUAUUAGAAAGGUUUAUAGCUUUGUCCCACGAAUCUGACUUUCUAUUUUAGACUAACUAUAGGGGGAAAAUCUCUAAGGGUGCGUUUGAUUUACACCGUUUUCAUUUUCAUUUUCUGGAAAACGCGCGUUUUCUAGAAAACAGAAAACGACUUUUUGUCAUUCUCUGUUUUUCUAGAAAACGAUAGCUAAUUUUUUAGAAAACGCGCGCGGAAAACAUAAACCAAACACCAUUUUCCAGAAAACGCGCAUUUUCCAGAAAAUGAAAAUGGAAAACGCGCGUACCAAACGCCCUCUAAGUUUUUCACCGGGUUAGAAAAUGAGAACUUGGUAAAUGACUAGGAUGCGUGAAUCAUCCUGUAUAGAAAUAUCAAUCAAUAAAAUUCUUGUUCUGCGAUUUCA